AUGCUGCACCCUAUCAUUCUCGUAGUUGCCCUCUCGACUGCAGUCCUCGCAGGUAGGUACAUCAAAAUAGAAGCGUUCUUUGGAGGGGAUAAGAUUGAGAGUCCCCAGGGUAUCAGUUUUUAAACAAAAAAAGAACAAGCAUUCGUCUACAUGAGGAAGUGGUAACUAGUACGAAAGUGCACCAAUGGGGAUUGACAUUCAAUCAAAUUACAGGACGUCCGCGACGUGCGCUCGAUGGACUCGACGGAACCGGAUUUGGAUUCGAAAAGAGGUUUGCCUAAGGGAAAGGGGAGAAGGCACUAGAUAAUUUGAUAGAGCUGUGGCGGGGGAGGUCCGGCAUACAUUUAUACACUUUUGAUCUUUGACAUCAUUCCUGAUGACGACGUCUUCAGAGCCCUCAACUCGUUGGAUGGUACUGGCUUCGGUUUCGAGAAGCGUGCUUUGAACUCAUUGGACGGCACAGGAUUCGGAUUCGACAAACGCGCUCUCGAUGGUCUUGAUGGAACCGGAUUUGGGUUUGAGAAGAGGUACGGGGAGCGGAGCACAGACGGAUACUCAAUUAUUUCAAAAAGUUCACGCAAUUGGAAAUAGUACUCGAAACUCAAUUAUCUCUUUUCCUUUUAGAGCCCUCAACUCGCUAGACGGAACCGGCUUCGGUUUUGACAAGCGUGCUCUUGACGGAUUGGACGGAACUGGAUUCGGAUUCGAGAAGAGAGCCCUCAACUCCCUGGACGGAACUGGCUUCGGAUUUGACAAGAGGUACUUGUAGAAACUUCAGAAACACUUCUCCUACGGUAGCACUUUCAGAGCCCUCAACUCCCUAGACGGAACUGGAUUCGGAUUCGAGAAGCGUGCUCUCGACGGUCUUGAUGGAACCGGCUUUGGAUUUGAAAAGAGAGCCCUGAACUCCUUGGACGGAACUGGAUUUGGAUUCGAGAAACGUGCUCUGGACGGACUUGACGGAACUGGAUUCGGAUUCGAGAAGAGAGCCCUGAACUCGCUGGACGGAACUGGAUUCGGUUUCGACAAGCGGACAUUCAAGCACUCGUCGAACAAGCUGCGUUCGGUGUUCAGAAACUUGAAGGGCUUCAAGCAACAACACUAG